AUAGCAAGCGUUGUUUUCCGCCAUUUUGCAUUUCACGUGCUAUGUGAAUGCAUUAACGUUCGCGUAUCGUUUAACACGGCAAAGGUUAUUUGCUCAAUUUUUCGUCAGUGACUGCUGCUUAGUAGCAGAGCGACUCCAACCAUGGCAGCAUACAAGGGGCAGAAAGUACAGAAGAUUAUGGUUCAACCUAUUAACCUCAUCUUCAGAUAUUUACAAAAUAGGUCAAGAGUACAGGUGUGGUUAUAUGAUCAGAACAACCUGCGAAUAGAGGGACACAUUAUUGGUUUUGACGAGUAUAUGAACCUGGUCCUAGACGAAGCCGAGGAGUUUCACCUCAAGACAAAAUCCAGGAAACCACUAGGGAGAAUAAUGCUGAAAGGUGACAACAUAACGUUAAUACAGAACGUUCAAGAAUAGGCAGCCGUCUCUCUCCGUGACCAAUUCAGAAGCCCGAGUCAGAACGCCACAACCAGUUUUUGUAAAUACCUCUGAACCAGGAGUUUUUUUUCCCUUUGAUCCUUCAAGUGCUUGUCAUUUUUGACAAAAUUUAGACAGAGUUUUGUAAAUUAUUUUACCACAUUCAAAAUUUCAUCCAUCUUUUCAAGGGAUGGAUACAGUUUUUUACUUCGCUCACGAUGUCGGUGGUUUUGUUGUGCUAGUCUUAGUACAUGUAUCCGUAGAAUUAUUGUGCGUGUAUUUCUUUAAAAAGUAAUGUCUUCGUAGUGAAUAAGGGUUGGUCAGUGUUGGUUAUGUCUCAGUCAGCUGGGCCCAGUUUGAUUGAUCGGUUAAGUUAGCACAUUUGCAGUAGCAACCGGUGCCCCGUGGCCUUUUGGCUGGUAACCAAUUUCUGCAUGUUAUAAUGAUUAACAGUUACUGUCAAGCAUAUACCACUAUAAAAUCUCUAUGCCCUGAAAGUCAUUAUCCCUGCACAUUGAGCUCACAACAUCUGAACAUUCUUGAAACCAUCUCAGCUCCUUGGGGAGUAUACUAGCCCAGUGCUGCCAAAUCAAGUGCAAAUGGCUAAUCAUAGACUGCCCUCACAGGUACCUAUUUACUCCUAGGUGGACAGAGGCACGUAGGUAAAGUGACUUGCCCAAGUUCGCAACAUGGUAAGCUAACAAGUUUGUGUGCGCAGUGGCUUUAUGAUAUUGGGCCCUGAUUCCUCCCGAUUCCAUUGAAAUCUACAGCCUGGUUUGGCAUUGGAGCAUUUAAAUGGAUUCAGGACUGAAAGCCUAGCCACGCUCACUGAAUGCUGCGGCCCGAAGCAUGGGGAGAGUGGCACCAGUUUACCUGUGUGUUUGAGCAUUCAUGGAGUUACCACACUUCAGAGGAGAGGGUUAUUAAAGUUUCGGAAAGCCCCCGCGUUGUGCCAUAUGAUCUGAGAAAUGAGAGACGGGUCUUGUUCCGUUGGGUUUGGCAGUAAAUUAUGGUACAGAGCAGAAAUGCAAUUUGAUGACAGAUUCAGGGAGCGAAACUUGAUGUCGUUAUUGCGUUGGCACCACACUUCCACUCCAAUGGUACGAGCUUGACAUCCCUAUUGUAUCAUAGAAUUUCACGAUUUGCCUAAAGGCAUGCCCUAGUCUGGUGCCACUGCGUCUCCAGGGAUCAGUCUCCUGCAGCAUCAGUGGAUAGCACAGUGUGUUCAGAAGUGAUAAGGGAACCUGUAGAUUCAUUUCUGCUGUGCAGGAUCAGACAUUUUGUAAAUAUCACAUGUACACACUCGGUCAUUAGAGUCACCCAAAGGAGGAAGGUUUAACCCCUUCACGGUGGGAUUAUUUUGACCGUGACUGCUGGGCCGUGGUAUGCACUAAUCCUCACACAACAGUGCAGUAGCAGCAGUCCUCUGUAACAAAGGGGUUGGCAGCAAUCAAGAAAAGCAAAUCAUUUGUGUUGUUUACUUUGAUGUGUAGUUGACAUUGAUGACUUUUUGAAUAACCGGUGUGUCACUUGACCAUGACACGUCCCACUUUCACGCUAUUGUUGCAUUGUUAACCCUAACACUCCUCAGUCCUCCAACAGGUGAAGGAUUGAGGAGGGUUAGGGUUAAUGAUUAGAUGAUAGGUUACCAAGUAAUGUGCGUUUAUUACGUGAAUGAUGCUGUCAAACUGAACCCUUACUGUUGCUGGAUGUGAUCGCCACAUAUCUCAUGGAAAAUAGACAAUUUCACAUUGUAAUGAAACAGUGCAACAGGAAUUUGAAAUCUUGGUUUAUUUCUUUCACCUACAAUUCAGUUAUCUACAAGACACCAAGGUGGGCUAUUUUGAUAAUAGGCACAACAUCGGUUAGUCUAUAAAUACUUAAUCUUGAACAAUAAACGUGAAGUUUCUUGUACAUAGGUCA